GUCCCCCUCUGCAGGUUGGAGUGGGUUGAGAUCAUCGAGCCGCGCACGCGGGAGCGCAUGUACGCCAACCUCCUCACCGGAGAGUGUGUGUGGGACCCCCCUCAGGGGGUGCGUAUCAAGAGGACAGGGGACAACCAGUGGUGGGAGCUGUUCGACCCCAACACCUCCCGCUUCUACUACUACAACGCUUCCACGCAACGCACCGUCUGGCACCGCCCACAGGCCUGUGACAUCAUCCCCCUCGCCAAGCUACAGACACUGAAGCAGCACACGGACGUGCCCUGCCCGGGCGGGAUGGGGGGUGACAAAGGAGGGAGGACGUCAGCGGAUAACAGUCCAGGGAGGAGCAGUGCCGUCAGUAGAGAGGGGAGCACCUCGUCUUCACUGGACCAGGACCUGACCACAUUGGAGAAACAGGGGAACAGAGAGGAGGCAGAGAGGACCUCUCCAUUCAGGUGGAACACAGGUACUAAGGAGAGGAUGCUGAUCAAGGUGACAGACAGAGAACCCAGCUUCCUCUCUCACCAGGGGAAUGGUUACUCCCCCUGCGACCCCCCCACCCUCCCCCCAGUCCCUGCACCCGGCACUGGCACAGCCUCCCGUACCCGCCGAUCCUCUGGAGGCUCUGCCCCCCCUGAUGGUGCCCCUGACGGCUCUCCCAUCCUCUAUGUUGACCGCCACCAGUCGCCUUUCCUAAAACGGGCGGAGCUAGGGGGCGGAGGAACAGGGACCCACCGGCGCUCGUCGGGUGACUCGCAACCCUCUUCCCCCCGCUAUGCCUAUGAACCCCCCCUCUACGAGGAGCCCCCCUCGGAGUACCAGCCCCCGCCCAUCUACGAGGAACCUCCCACAGAUGUGAUGCGCCACCUGGGCUCUGACUCCUCCUCCUUGCUGUACGGCACAGGGAAGUCCCCCACCCGGGGAAAUCCCUCCUCGGGGACGCCCCUCUACCUCUCGCCCAAACAGAGCCACUCCCCCUACGGUCAGCUGGUGCUGACCAGACAGAAGUGCCCAGAGAAGACACAGAGUCUGGAGUACAGCCCUGCAGGGAAGGAGUACGUCAAACAGCUGGUCUAUGUGGAACAGUCCUCCUCCAGCCCGCGUUUUAAGACGUCCGACCGCCUCCUUCGCUACGGGACCUCCACGGCCACCCCUUCCUCCACGGGGGGUUAUGGGGGCUCCUACGGGGGAUCCUACACCCUCCAACACAGCCAGAGUCUGAUCCGGGACCCCCGGCUGCUGCUGGACUACGGGGGUGGGGAGGGGGGCGAAGGCGGGGGCCAGAGGCUGCUCUACGAGGACUCCAUGUCCUGGAGCUCCAGUCAGCACCACUCCCUCUCCCUCUCCGGGUCUACAGGAGGAGGGGGCUUCUCGCCCGGUGGCAACCGCAAACGCAAGACCCGGAAGCCCUCCCUGCCUCAGGAGCUGGGGAGUUGUGGAGGGGGUGGUGGGGUGGAGCGGGAGGAAGGGCCAAUGUCGGGGACGCUGUCGGAGGCGGUGAUGAACCAGGCCAGGUUGGCGUGGGAGGCCCAGCAGGUGAUGAAGCAGAGGAGCAGUUGGGACUCAGCCCCGGGAGGAGGGGGAUCGGCUGGUGGCUGUGCCCAGGGAGGUGUGUCUAAAGACGGGUACGAGAGCGACGGUGCGGUGCCCCUCCCCCUGCCAGGCCCGGUGGUGAGGGCGUUUAGUGAGGACGAGGCGUUGGCACAGAGCGACGGGCACCACGGGCAUUACCACUGGAAACGCAGCACCUUCGACAGACUGGGCUUCCCUCGGGCACUACUGGAGAAGAGCCUGUCUGUACAGACCAACCUGGCCUCGCCUGAGCCCUUCUUACACCCCUCACAGUCAGAGGAUCUUGGAGCCUGUGCUCAGUUCGAGGCAAGUCGUAAUGCUCGGAACAUGAUGCCCAGCGCAAGCUGUGGAGUUUUCCCAGAAUUCACCCUGCGGAAGCCGUCCUCGGAGACCGACAUCGAGAACUGGGCCUCCAAACACUUCAACAAACACACACAGGGUCUGUUCCGGCGCAAGGUGUCCAUAGCCAACAUGCUGGCAUGGAGCAGUGAGCCAAUCAGGAAGCCCAUGAUCGUGACGUCAGACCGUGCGGUGAAGCGGGAGGCGGUGGAGAUCUUUAAACUAAUCCAGACCUACAUGGGAGACCGCCGAGCCAAGACUGACCCACUCACUGUCGCCCUGGAGACUGGCCCACUGAACAUCGCCCUGGAGGUGGCAGUGCGUGGUUGGAGCAGUCAGGGUCUUCGUGAUGAGCUCUACAUCCAGCUCUGUCGUCAGACCACAGAGAACUUCCGCUACGAUAGUCUGGAGAGGGGCUGGGAGCUCAUGGCUGUGUGUCUGGCCUUCUUCCCCCCAACUCCACGCUUCCACUCCUACUUGGAGGGAUACAUCUACAGACACAUGGACCCCCUCAACGAUACUAAAGUGGCUCGGCACAUCAGCGGUCUGCUGGCGAGCCGGGUGGAAAGGCGAGCCAGACUGAUGCGUGGGCGUCGCCCUGGGAGGGAGAAGGCGAGGCCAGCGGAGGGAGUGGCGAUAAGCGGCUAUGCCAAAUACUGUUACCGUAAACUGCAGAAGGCUGCUCUGACCGGAGCUAAGAAGGGGUUGCAGAAGCCGUGUCUAGAGGAGAUCAAACAUGCCAGGAACGCCAUAUUCAGCCCCUCCAUGUUUGGCUCCUCCCUGGAGGAUGUGAUGUCACUGCAGAAGGAGCGUUACCCCGACAGCCAGCUGCCCUGGGUCCAGACACGCCUCUCAGAGGAGGUUCUGGGGCUCAACGGAGACCAAACAGAGGGCAUCUUCAGGGUUCCAGGUGACAUAGAUGAGGUCAACGCCCUCAAGCUGCAGGUGGACCAAUGGAAGAUCCCCACGGAUCUGGAGGACCCUCACAUCCCAGCAUCUCUGUUGAAGUUGUGGUACAGGGAGUUGGAGGAGCCGUUGAUUCCUCAUGAGUUCUAUGAGGAGUGUAUCACUCACUAUGAUGACCCUGAGGCUGCAGUCAACGUUGUCAUGGCGCUGCCUCACAUCAACAAACUGGUGCUCUGCUACCUCAUACGUUUUCUACAGGUGUUUGGCCAGCCUACCAACGUGGUGAUAACUAAGAUGGAUGUGAACAACCUGGCCAUGGUGAUGGCUCCCAACUGCCUGCGCUGCCAGUCAGACGACCCACGCAUCAUCUUUGAGAACACGCGUAAAGAGAUGUCCUUCAUCCGCGUGCUCAUCCAGCGCCUCGACACCAGCUUUAUGGAUGGCCUGCUAUAGCCCCCCAACUUCAACUGUGCCCCAAAACGACCAUACGACACGGAGCACCUCUCUCCCUGCUAUAGCCCCCCACUUUUCAACUACUCUACCCUGAAAAAAACCCACACGGGUUGCCACCAAUUUCAAAUGUGCCCAUAAAUCCACCAAGGCACCACCUGCCCCACAGACCCUGUUCUAGCCCCCCAACAUCAAUUGGGAUGACCAGUUGGGAUACCUCCCAACUCCAACUGCCCCACCAUAUACCCUGCUAUAGCCCCCAAACUACAACUACUGACCCCAAAACCAUCCAUUCACACAGGACGGGAUGAUCCCCGAAGGAGCCCCAACCCAGCCUGACCCGGACCCCUGACCUCUAACCUCUACCCCCACCCUACACACAGGGACUUGCGUCUCACACACACUGAUGUACAGGGUUACACAUACUCACAUAGACAUACUGUCACAUGUACAUUUACUGACGUGUACACACACUCACUUGUAUAGUACACAUCCAUACACACAAUUUCUGAAAUCAGGGUGUCGGACCACAAAUCAGCUCCAAACCCAGAGCUGCAGUCAAACUGCCAUCAAAGAAGGUGGAUAAAUGAAGAUGUCCCACUCAGGCUGUUUACCUUUGAUAAAAAUGGUCACAGUUCCGGUCUGCUUAAGGGAUGACUCUUUCAUAGGUACCAAUGUAUUAGCAGCUGAGUCUGGUCUGUUUAGUUCAUUGACUAAAUGAACCAGAAAAGAGGAGGGCGUGAGAUGUCUCGCUUCCUCUCCUGUCUCUGCUGCCAUGAAGCCUGUCAGUCCAUCUGCACUGUUGUCACCAACCAACUGAUGUCAAUAAAGUUCUUUAGAUUUUUUGGGACGGUGGGGGGGGGUGAAUCCAGGUCAGGUGCUAGAUGGGAUCAUCGCAGCACUGCCAAUCAACUGUGACUGUUGCAACCAGAAGUGAUAGACAACCCUACAGCCCUUAUCGCCCAUCCACCUGGUACAUAGGCCCUUCUGCCCCACUCACCCCUCUGACCACCCAGACAACCACACAACCUCUACCCCUAGAGCCCCUCACCAUCUACCCCCACAACACAUCCUCAAGAUGGUGCACACCUCUAUACUCUCAUACUGAUAUGAUUUCCGAAUGUCUAAAUUGAGAUCCGUCCACCUCUGUCUGUCUGUCUGUCGGUCUCUCGGUCAGAAAAACUGGACCUGUCUUUUGGACCUGUAAAGUUUUCUUUAGUUGCUGAUUUGACUGGGUAUGGAUUAAAAAUAUGUUAUUUUAUUAAUUGAUUUGUCGUAUUUAACAGAGUUAAGUUUUUUGCCCACUAUUUUAUAUCAUUUAAUUUAUUUGUAUUUAUUUCAGCAAUAUUUCCCAAUGCCUUCUUAUUAGACAAUAUACUUUAGGAUUCACGUUGUCUGUGUGUGUGUGUCCCACAUU